AUGAAAAGUAGUCCCGGCUUUGGCACCGAAUUUAUGCUCUUGAGGACUCUUGCCGCGCAGCCAUCCGAGAAGGUGGUCCCAACAUCGCUCGGCAGUGCAGACUCGGAAGUCUUCUGGAGACGAGAUACCAGUACAUACAGUACUUGUGCUGCCGCGUCAGUGGCGAAAUGUACAACCAUGAAGCGGUGGACCAGGCAGCAGCUCAGCAGUGCAAGAGAAGCGAAAGGUGGGUGCAAGCAAGAGUCGUGGUUGAACCAUGUUCAGCGCUGCUGGACGCGACCUCUAACAUUUUCUAGGACCGAAAUCUUACUGAUAGCUCUUCUAUUUCGGUAA